UGCGAGCAGAUGCUUCCGGUACCUUCUCGGAGCUUUGGAUCUGCGGGCUGUGAGUCCCGGCGGCCCCCGGGAGAUUGGUGUUCUGUAGGGCGGUGAUACCAAAGAUAACCUUUAUCAGAUAGGAUGGAAUUGGGAAAAGGAAAACUUCUCAGGACUGGACUGAAUGCACUGUAUCAAGCAAUACACCCAAUUCAUGGCCUUGCCUGGACUGAUGGGAAUCAAGUAGUCCUGACCGAUUUACACCUUCACAGUGGGGAGGCCAAGUUUGGGGACUCAGCGGUCAUUGGACAAUUUGAACAUGUAUAUAGAGUGUCCUGGGCCCCAUCUGGUACAGCUGACACACCCACUCUGCUCGCUGUCCAGCAUGAGAAGCAUAUCAUCGUGUGGCAGCUGUGUCCUGGCACUACGGAGACAAGCAAAUGGCUGAUAUCUCAGACCUGUGAGAUCAGACAGUCACUCCCUGUCCUUCCCCAGGGCUGUGUGUGGCACCCCAAAAGUGCUGUCCUUACUGUGUUGACUGCACAGGAUGUCUCCAUUUUCCACAAUGUUCACUGCGACAGUUCCCAGGUCAAAGUGGACAUCAACACCCAAGGCCUCAUUCACUGUGCAUGUUGGACCCAGGAUGGCCAGAGGCUGGUGGUGGCAGUAGGCAGCAGCCUGCAUUCUUAUAUCUGGGACAGUGCUCAGAAGACUCUUCACAGAUGCUCCGUCUGCCCAGUAUUUGAUGUGGACAGCUACGUCCGCUCAAUAGGAGCCACUGUGGACUCACGGGUCGCUAUAGCCACUGAGCUUCCACUAGAUAAGAUUUGUGGCUUAAAUGCAACUGGAACCUUUGACGUUUCCCCUGGUGGUGAAGACGCUUGUCUGUGUACUUUACCAGUUGUUGAUGAAGUUUCCUCUGAAACAAAUUCUGAAAUACCAGUUUCUCCCUUUUCUUCAUCCAUUUCUGAUCCUUUGGAUCUAACUCAUAUACACUUCAGUAGAUCUAAACCUGAGACUAGUUCUCUUAUUUGCCUAAGAAAAAAGGACUGCUUGACAGGAACUGGCCUGGAUUCUUCACAUUUGGUCCUCUUGACCUUUGAGGAGGAGGUUACCCAGAACAGAAAAGUCACCAUCCCAGGCAUUCUGGUUCCUGAUCUGAUAGCAUUUAAUCUUAAAGCACAGGUAGUCGCAGUGGCUUCCAAUACAUGUAAUAUAAUUUUUAUCUAUGCUGUCAUUCCAUCAUUUAUGCCAAACAUCCAGCAAAUUCGGUUAGAGAGUAAUGAAAAACCAAAAGGCAUGUGUUUCUUGACAGAUAAAUUAUUACUAAUUUUGGUAGGAAAACAAAAAUCCUCUGAUUUGGCAUUUCUUCCUUCUUCAAAGUCUGAUCAGUAUAUGAUUCGUUUGAUUGUUAGAGAAGUUAUGUUGGAAGAAGAAUCUCCAAUGACGCUGAGUGAAAACCAGAGUGGUUACUCUGCUUUCAGUACUCUGUUAAAUAAAGCCAAUAGAAAAAAGCUAAUCGAAAGUCUUUCCCCAGCUUUUUGUCACCAAAACGGAGGGCUCUUGUUAACAGGUAAUAGCAGCAGUCCAAGUGGAAGGCCUGGAAGAACCCUUAUUAAAGAAAUCAAAAGUCCUUCACCCAGUAUCUGUGAUGCCUCCACAGCCCUAGAAAGUCUAGAUGCUGGGCCUGUUAACCAGUCAGUAACACUGCCCAGACCCAGCGGCACACCAGACCACACCAGUACCACGGAACCUCCUAACUUACAAGGAGAAAAGGAAACUUAUCAGCUAUCUAAGGAACUGGAAAUUUUAUCUAGGAACCUGAUUGAAGUGCAGCAACGUCUUUCUGAACUCACAGACUUUCUGCGUAAUGGAAAGAAAUCCUCUCCAGUGUAUCCACUCUCUUGGGAUCUGCCUUAUGUUCACAUCACUUGCCAGAAAUCUUAUUUUUUAGGUCCUGAUGUUGAAAAAAGAGCUGUGCUUCUCUGCAAUGGCAAGCUAAGACUCAGUACAGUCCAACAGACUUUUGGCCUCUCUCUCAUUGAAAUGCUGCAUGACUCCCACUGGAUCCUUCUCUGUGCUGAUAGUGAAGGCUUCAUCCCCUUAACCUUCAUAGCCGCGCAGGAAAUAAUCAUAAGAGAUGGCAGAUCAAAUGACUUUAGAGACUCUUUCUCAGAGUCUUGAUCUUGGUCCUUCUCUUACAUCUUUAGAGGAUCUGCUGCCCAAAGCGUAGGUAUCACGGGCUGUUCUAACCAUGUUGGCAGUAUAGUUUGACACUUGUUUGCAGACUGUUUGCUGCAUAGCCUUUCAGAUGAGGUUGUUACAAACCAGGCCUCUUUUCCGAGAUGGAAACUCCCCAGCUGGGAUUUGCACUGUCGCCGGAAGGCGAAGCACUUGCUGAGGCUGGCCCGGCCACAUUUCCCUUCAUGCUGACAUUCCCUACCCUGCGGCAGAGCCCAGACUUUGUUAGAUGGCUCAGAAAGUGAUUACUUGUGUAUUCAUGACUGUGUGGUUUUGUCUAAGGGCAGAAUUCCCGGCACAAAACAGUAUCAUGGUGCCAUGUGGAUUGUGUUUUAUGGUUUUUCGAGGCUUUCUGUCCCUUGCCCCAAACGGUGUUAAAGCUCUUAGAUGCACUUAAAAGGUACCUCAGCAUUGCUACAGAUCUUUUUCUUGGCUUAAAGUUGCAUGCAAGCAGUGCUGGAGGACAUCUGCUGCGGUGUAUUGUUUUACCCCAAAUGAGCAGGGAUCAGCAGAGCUCAAAGGAAGACAAAGAAUCGACUGCUGCUCCCAGGGCUACCUAGAACAGGAGGUAGUUCUAAUGUUGGCUGGACCUCCCAGGGUUUAAACCUAACCCUCUCACUUCCCUAGAGAAUUCUGGCUGACAGAGGCCCAGGUACUCCUAAAACCUGGCCCUGGGCAAAUUUCAAAUCAAAUUUCAAGUGUUUUGACUCCCUCUGGACCCUUUGAGUGUGUCCUGAUGUUACUAGUAUAAUGCCAAGCAUAGGUGAGGCCUACGGCAUGAUUUUGUGCUGUCAACACUCAUGAUGUUCUCCCUGAUAGGUUUCUCCCCACCCCCAUUUUGAGAAUCAUGAAAAUGUCCUAUUUUUUCCCCCAGUAAUCAACUCCCUUACAUUGUCACUUUAAUUUUGGUAUUUUUCUUUGCCCUGUGUUCAGUUCUUAAAGGCCAGAAUAGAAUCUGCGAGAGUAUUUUCAGAAAGUUGGAGGUUUCACUGAAUCUGAGAUAGUUUAUUAUAAUUAUGGGCUGCAGCGCCAGCUUAGCAUAGAGGAAGGAGCCCUGAGUCCAGCUUCAGAUAGACUCACCACUUCUCACUGCCUUCAGAGUCAUAACCUUCAGCCAUUGCAGCAUAACAAACAGAUCGGUGUGUGGCUGGUCAGAGCACAUGUGCAGAUAAAUUGUUUCAGCCAUAGAAGCUCAGAUGCAUAGGAGCCCAAAUACAUGUUUUUCCCCCUUUCUUUUAAAAUCAUCUGGAAAGAAGUAUUUUGUACCCUUGAGGACUCCUGUCUGUCUGCUAUAGUUUAUGAAGGUGGAGCUGAGAUGGGAAGGAGCCAGGCCCCACUUUGUGGUAGAAAUGCAUUAGAGGAGCUGCUGGAAUAAUGGAAGUGGAGGCCACUUGUCUGGAAUCAGUUGUCUGAGAGCAGUGGCUGAGGACAGUCUGAGGCCUGCCUCCAUUUUCGAAGGAAGUGUCUGGGUGGGGUGGAAGCACACAACCGUGAAGCACCAAGAGGGAGUCUGGGGUACCCCGUAGUAAGAUCAGUGUAGGUGCCUCAAGGGGUAUGAUGUAAUCAUUUCGCUGGUCAGAAUCCAGCAAAAUGUGAAUGAGUCUUCAAUAAAAUCACUAAUGGUUGU